AUGAGUAGGACUUGUCUCCUUUACAUGAUGUUAGAAAACCAAACGAAGAUUGCAGAAUUCAUUCUCCAAGGAUUUCAGGAAUUCUAUGAAGUACAGACACUUCUUUUCCUAAUUUUUCUAGUGAUUUAUGUUGUGGCCGUAACUGGAAACAUCCUCAUUGUUGCACUAGUUGUCUUUGACCAGCACCUUCACACACCCAUGUACUUUUUCCUGGGGAACCUUUCAUUCCUGGAAGCUUGUUAUAGCUCCAAUGUAUUUCCAAGAAUGCUUUCAGCUCUCCUGACUGGAAACAGAACAAUUUCCUUCAGCAGAUGUUUUAUGCAAUGGUAUCUCUGUAGUUCCUUGGUAGCAGCAGAAUGCUGUUUACUCUGUGUGAUGUCUUACGACAGAUAUCUAGCAAUCUGUAAACCACUGCAUUACUUAACAAUCAUGAAUUCUCAGACUUGUAUCCAAUUAGCAGCUGCAUCAUGGAUCAAUGGAUUUGCUGUAUUUUCAAUAUUACUCACUUUGAUGUUACAGAAAUUAUUUUUUUGUGGCCCUAAGGAAAUCAACCAUUAUUUUUGUGAUUAUUUUCCACUUCUAAACAUCUCCUGCAGUGACACAAGCUUGUUGGAAAUUAUGAGUUUCAUCGUGGCCGCCAUAAUUGCACUCCCUCCUUUUCUCCUGACUCUUGUAUCGUAUGUAUAUAUCAUUGCUGCCAUCUUGAAAAUCCCUUCCACCACUGGGAGGCGAAAGGCCUUUUCUACCUGCUCCUCUCACUUGAUUGUGGUUUCCAUUUUCUAUGGCUCUCUAAUGAUUGUGUAUAUGAUACCUAGUACUAAAGCGAAGAGAGAUACACAAAAAUUUUCCUCUCUCCUAUACAUAGCUUUGCCCCCUCUGGCCAAUCCAUUCAUAUACAGCUUGAGAAAUAAAGAGGUGAAACAGGCCCUGAGAAAUAGUAUUGCCAGGCUUGUUCCGUAUCAAGCAAGAUGCCUUAAAGUGAAUUAG